AGUACUACUACAAAUUAAAGAAAUUAAAUGGCAGCUAUACUACUUAUUUUAUCUUUCAUCUUCCUAGUCCUUUUCUUGCUCAAGAAAAGCCCCUCAACAAAGAGGCUGCCACCUUCUCCACUAAAGCUUCCGAUAAUCGGAAAUAUCUACCUAGCCGGAAGCCUACCCCACCGCUCCUUUCACUCUUUAUCCAAGCGCUACGGCGAGGUGAUGCUCCUCCAGUUCGGCAGCAAGCCCGUCGUCGUCGCCUCCUCGGCCAAGGCUGCCCGGGAGAUCAUGCUAAACCAAGACCCGAUCUUCGCAAGCCGCCCGAGGUUCAGCACAGCCGACAGGCUAUUGUACGGCGGCCGAGACGUCGCUUUCGCUGCCUACGGGUCCCACUGGCGGAAGGGGCGGAGCAUGUGCGUGCUCCACCUCUUCAGCAGCAAGAGGGUCCAAUCCUUCCGCCCCAUCCGAGACGAAGAGACGUCGCUGAUGAUUGCGAAUAUCAAGCGAUCUUCGCCGGGGGUUGUGAACUUGAGCAAGGUGUUCAUGGAUCUGGCGAACGACGUCGUAUGCAGGGCUGUGCUAGGGAGGAAGUACGGCGGCGGCGGGGAUAACAGAGAGAAACGAUUCAAUCAGAUUCUGGAGAUGAUUGUGGAGAUGUUGCAGCGGUAUAAUGUGGGAGACUUCGUGCCGUGGUUGGGCUGGAUCGACCGUGUGAAUGGCGUUGAAGCGCAAGUUGAGAAGAUUUUCGAGAUGACGGAUCAGUUUAUGGAGGGUUUGCUUCGAGAAUAUCGAGAAAGGAAAUCGAGUGAUGGCGCAGUUGUGAAUUUUGCCGACGCAUUGCUUGAGUUUCAGAAAGAGAGUAAGGAUAGUGAUCCUGUUGAGGAUGAUGUGAUUAAAGCUCUAAUCUUAGAUAUGUUUGGAGGCGGAACUGACACGACCUUCACAGCUUUAGAAUGGACGGUGGCGGAGCUCAUAAGAAAUCCAAGAACAAUGAAGCUUCUUCAAAAGGAAGUGAGAGAAGUAGCUAAAAACAAGAAUGGGAUUGAUAUUAAUGAGGAUGACUUGGACAAAAUGCCAUAUUUGAAAGCAGUAUCUAAGGAGAGUCUACGGCUACACCCACCUUUACCAUUAGCUGUCCCUCGAGAAAUAACUCAAGACACUAAUUUACUGGGCUACGACAUCCCACGUGGCGCACUUGUGUUGGUCAACUGUUGGGCCAUAUCGAGGGAUCCCUUAUUGUGGGAGAAUCCCAAUGAGUUUCGUCCUGAAAGGUUCUUUGACACGAGCAUAGACUAUAAAGGUUUGCAUUUCGAGAUGAUUCCCUUCGGAGCUGGCCGAAGAGGUUGCCCGGGUAUCGGGUUCGCUAUGUCUCUAUACGAGCUUGCAAUAUCAAGAUUGGUGAACGAAUUUGACUUUGGAAUGCCUAAUGGAGGUAGAAAGGAGGAUUUAGACAUGACUGAAGCCCCUGGAUUUGCUGUUCAUAAGAAAUCUCCUCUACUUGUUGUUGCUACUCCACGUGCCUCUAAUUAAUAGUUUCCAUAUAAAAUUGAAUUAAACGUAGGAAAUAAUUAUUUAAUACUUAAGUUCUUCAGCACAAUAAAAUUGUUAGUAAUUGUUUACAGGUUUGAUUAUGUAGCGAAGUGAUUCAGUCAGAUGUAUAAAUAAAAUGG